AUGGCGGCCGCCGCCGCGUACUGGCGGGUGUUGAAGGCGGUGCAUAAGCACGUCGGCAGCGGCGCUUCCCGGCAGCGCUUUCGGGACUUCGUCACCGCCGAGUUCCGCGCCCCCACCGGUACGGAGGCCGACGCCAAGGAGAGGCUGCAGCUCGCCGGGGACUACCUUACCUCUUCACCAGCGUCCACCAGCACAAGGUAG